CUUUUCUGAACUUGCCGUUGUUUUUGGAUAUCGAAUGAGACUGAACAACCAGAGACAACAGCAGCAACACCACUACUACACUAGCUAGCUAGUACUAUCAACACAAGACAAACACUAGCUAGUACUAGUAUGAAGAGUCACAACAGUGCUACUUUAGCUAGCACUAGUACUGGUAGUACCUCUGUUGACGCUGACACGCUUCAAGGAGAAGACGAUCAAGAAAGUAAGGAUAUCGAUGUCGAUGAUCUUAUAUUAGAUGUAGUAGAAGACACUACUGUUGCUGCUACCACAACCACCGCUGCUGCUGCGAUAAGCAAUCAAGGACUUGCGAAAGAAGUCCCUGAUCGAGACACUGUGCGACCUCAAAGAUCAACAUCGCACGACUCAAAAGAUGGUCACGUGUCAAUAUCUUCAGCUACUCUUGCAGCCGCUGUAGCCUCCUCCUCAGCCAAUGGUACCGGUACCAGUACCACACGCAUGAGUAGCAGCAGUACAAGUACAGAACCUAGCCACUUGCAUGUAGCCAAAAAGCCAGCAUCACUACCUUUAGAAGCACAGCAAGACACUGAAAUUGAUGUGGAUGACUUGAUGGAGCAAGACUAUGCAACUAUGAAUGUCAAGCCCAGUGCCUCUGCUUCUAACAUCAUGGCCUCUGGGACCACCCUGGCACCACAGUCCAGAGAAGCACGCAUUCAGCACAAAAUGAGACAGCAACAGCAACAGCAAGCUAGUACUGCCAGUACAAGAAGUAGCAACGCCAGUAUCAGGAGCAGCAAUGCCAGCAUCAGAAGCAGUAUGACUCUACAACAGGAACCAAACUCCAUGGCCACCACCACCACCGGCAUUAGCAAUAGUAGUAAUAACCAAUCCAGCUUCACCACAGAUCAUCAAGCGGCUCUGGCUCUGGCACGACAAGAUAUUCAACAAAAGGCGAACCAGAAUCCAAAUCAAACUCCAGCGGACAUGGCGGCCAAUCUCGGAGCAGUGGCAGCGUCUGCAAGAAGACGGAAAACCCAUACGAAUCAAAACAACAGUAUCAACGACAAUGAUACCAAUACCAAUGAUGCUGCCAACAACAACACAGAUGAAACGAAUGAAGCACAAGCGGAAUCAAAUGCCACUACUGCAACUGCUACUGCCGUUGCAAGGACACCAUCCAACAACAGUAACAGAUCCAUCCCUGUAGGAGCCUUUCGUAUUCAGCCUUCGCAAAGUGGAAGACUGGCAGUUACCAAUGCAGCACUCGAGGCAGAUCUCAGAGGAUCCAGUAUUCAUCAUCAAAGCAACACAUCUUCUGUCCAGACAUCACCACCGCCGCCCAUUGUGGAAUCAUCGCUCGUCAUUGAAUCCGUAUUGGUCGUCGAAGAAGAAGAGGGACAAGACCAACAUCGCUCCCGGCGCAGUCAUCAUAGACGGACUAGUAGAAACGCCGAAACGGUAGACGAAGAACAACCACAAACGCGACAACGCCCAUCCGAGGAAGCACCGCAAACGACAGUUGAAGCUUCCUCCUCCUACCAUCACCACACCACCAUUGCCGCCAACGCAACAACUACCACCACCAGCCAUCGUACCAACAACAAUAAUAAUGACUAUUUUCAAGAUGAAUCCGCAGCAGCAGUCAUGGUGGUCACGGCCGAAACUCCAACACUCAAUGAUUCCGUUUGGACACUCCUAAAAAGCCGAAAGGGACGAUGGGGAAUCAUACUAAUCAUUGCUCUCACGGCUACCUUUACCGUUUUGGGGGUCACUGUAUGGAAGAACAAUGGCUCCAAGAUUAUUGAUGAAAUCAGCAACAUUGGCGUACACGAAGAAGCCCCUUCAGAGGCUCCUUCCAUGGUCCCCUCCGAAACACCCUCCACGGGAUCACCCACUGAGGCUCCUACCACGCUGCAACCAACCGCGGCUCCUACCACUCGACCCUUUAUUCCGAAAGACGACUUGCCAGUUGGAACUAUUAAUGCCAUUAUCACCAAUCCCAAUGGUCCGCAAGCCAAGGCAUGGCGAUGGUUACAGUUAGAUAUUCAACAACGAACUGGACAAGAAUUCGCUCCCAAUUUGCUCGAUGGCACUGGUGCUGGCAAUAAUAGUACGCGAUUUCUGGCCAUGAUCACCAAUACUACUAAUAGUAUUGAAGAGGCGGAUCAAUUUGUACAACGCUUUGCAUUAAUGACGCUGUUCUAUGCCACCAACGGAGAGGGAUGGACCUUUCAACGAUACUGGGAAGACCACGAUACACCCGAAUGCGAUUGGUGGCCUCAUGUAGCCGAUGUCUCCUGGCCAUACGACAAAGGACCCGCCGUCUGCGAAAGCGACGACAAUGUUGGCUUUUACACGAGGUUGUUAUUGAGCGACAACUCUCUCGAAGGAACGUUGCCCAACGAAAUUGGGUUGCUCUCUCAUUUGACAUCCAUCGACGUGUCGGGGAAUCCCGGCCUUGUUGGAUCUAUCCCGGAAUCCGUUUGCGAUGCCUUGCAGAGAGACAACGAUCCAAUCCAAGUUGUCAUUACGUGCAAUGCAGGACUGGUCUGCGAAUGUGGAUGUCAAUGCCAGUGAGUGAAAUUAGGAGAGAAGCAAAGUACAUGUAGAAGCAGGCAGCUCGGUUGCUUGGACGGAUCGAGAAGACUAGUUUGUUUCGAGUGGGUAGCUUUUUCAGUUGGUCCCUUUGAAUAUAGCAUGAAAGCACCCACAGCUCAGUACUACGUCCUUGUGCAGUUUGUCAAAAGUGAUUGGGUUUCUGUGAGAUUGAUGACCUGCCUUGGAACUGCUUGCUAGAUAGACCAGACGAAGGAACAUGCAGUCUGACUUGAAAACACAAAUGGCUCCUCAGGUAGUCUAACAGUAAAGAUAUCUCCUUGGUUCCGUCC